AAUCUGUCACCUCAUAAAACAGCUGUAUCACGGAGCUAUAGUCAAUCAGGUAAAAUCUGUCACCUCAUAAAACAGCUGUAUCACGGAGCUAUAGUCAAUCAGAUUGUUUGUUCAGUAUGUGGGAAAAUAAGUGAAAGAGAGGAGGAUUUUCUGGACCUGAGUAUUUCUGUGAGUGGUACCGAGUCCUUAGAGGCAGGGUUACGGAGUUAUUAUUGUGAAACUGAAACUAUGGAGGGGAAGAAUCAGUACCGAUGUGAAAAUUGUAAUAAACUGGUGGAUGCCAAAAAGGGAGCCAAGCUCCGCUCACUGCCACAGAUUCUGACCUUCUCCCUGCUGAGGUUUAGUUUUGAUCUCAUCAAAAUGGACAGAUUCAAGGAGACCGGAAAAUUUGUCUUCCCAACACAACUAGAUAUGUCUCCUUAUGAAGAAAAGUCAGAAGGUAGAGAUUUGUACGAGUUAUUCUCUGUGGUUGUACAUAAAGGAGGGGCCCAUGGGGGACAUUACACAGCCUACUUACGGGACGUGGACAAUCUCGGGGUGUGGACGGCCCCAGAAGAAGGCAGCAUUUCUGUCCUUGGGAGCCCGGAGUCGGGACAGCUCGAUGUGAUUGAGUGUGACUCACCUAUUGAGCUUGUGCAGACCAUACUGAGCCAAGCUCCUGACAAGUGUCUCAGUGUCGACAAGCUGGGAGCGGAAAUAACAAAGAAAACUGGAGUUUCGUGGAAUAAGAGAUUCAGAAAACAGUAUGGCUCAAUUACAAAGUUCAUUAUGAAGUAUGAUGAUAAGUUCUUCUUUGAUCCGUCCUCAAAUUCCAUUAGCCUGAAGCAAUAUACGUCCUCCAGUGUGAUAUCAUCACAAAAGAAGGAGACAGAUAGACCCAACACUGCCAACACAGAAGGAGACAACCCCAAAAAAUCCAGGCCCCCAUCCCCUCCCCCUGCCCCGGGGUACUGCUGGUUCCACUUCAAUGACAGCCACGUCCAUCCCGUCCGAGAACAAGAACUCCAGAGCACGUUCUCGGGAAAGUCCAGCGCCUAUAUGUUGUUCUACAGACGAAUCGUUGACCAGUCAUGUAAUGCUUCAUCAAUGAGUGCUGUACCAGCUUCUUUAGUUAUGGAAGUAACAAAAGAAAAUGAGGAUCUACAGAAACAAAGGGAGGCCUAUGAGAUUGAACUGAACAAGAUAAAUCUCCGUCUCCACUUCUCGGCCUGGUUCAUGGAGAGUAAUGGGGCCCUCCAACCACAAGACCCCCAGUCUAACUACCUCCCCCUGGAACUAGAUCGUCGACAGAGUCUGGCAGAUCUCCUGAUAGCAGUUAUGGAGAUAGGAGGAGAGUUGGUGCCAGAGAACUUUGUGAUUCACACAAUGAAAGAGCUACCCUCUGGAUACCAUCUCUACUCUAAACUUACAGGUUCAGACGAUGUGACCAUUCAAAGCCUGGGAGUGGGGGAUGAAGCCUCACUGUUUGUCUGGGAUGGGCGGACAGUUGAUGGAGUAACUGUGGCUGUAGGUGAAGAAACUGAACCCAUCCUGCUAAAUAUAACUCCACCUGAGGGGGAUUCCCUCUCCAGGGGGUUUCCCAAGAAUAUGCUACUGACUGAUGUAUUGGACAUAGCCUGUGCUGAAUAUCUAUUUUACCCGAGUUCUGUCACCAUGCAGAGAUUAGUUGGGAAAGGAGAACAAAAGUUGCUAGCAUUUACAUCCGAGGAAAUGUCCAAAUCCAUCGCUGAACUCAAGUUAACCAAUGGAUCAGAAUUGUUUCUUAUCCAGGAAUCAGAACAAAUUGCCCGUCCAACAAAUAUACCUGUCAAUGUCAAAUUUUCAGUUAGCGUAGAAAAUAGGUGCCAGGGAGGAGAUGGGCCCAGAGAAAGUAUUCAAUUGCAAGCACUGCCCACAGAUUCUGUCUCCCUUCUGAAAGCAUUGGCUGUGUCAAAGUUCAUGCUCCAUGAGAUUCAAGAUGGGGGUAGACUGCGUGUAGAACAUGAGACCCUUGGACUCAAAUCACCAUUAUGUGAAGAGUUAACUUUGUCAGAAGCAGGAAUAAGUAAAGACUCCAAACUUGUCCUAGAACCGGGGCAGGCCCCAAAGUCUAACCAGAUAACUAUCAACAUCACAACCGAUGGCUCGGAGCUAGGACUGACAGACACGGUAGAAAUGUUGGUCAACAGAAAUCAGACCGUAGAAGAUUGUUUGACCUGUGUGUUAAACAGACUGAAGGUGGAAGACCAGAGCUGGCACCUGCGUAAAACAAAUUGGUGUGGGGAGGCAGCAGACAUACUGAACGACCCGGAGUCAACAUUAGAACACAGUCUGGUGAGAGAUGGUGAUUUGUUGAUCCUGGAGAAGGGGAGGUUACCACCAAAGGGGUUUAUCUGUCCAGAGAUCUGGCUGUAUCCAAUGUUACACACUGUACAACAGAGCAGCAAGGGUGGAUUUCUCUCAUGGCUGUCCACAGGAAUUCAGAAUCUUUGGAAUACUUCCACAGGGGAAGUUACUCCUGAUAAAGAAAAAGGAGCUCUCCAUAUAGGGGAGGUACAGGUGUCCUUGGACUCUACAUUGGAUGACCUUAAGCAGCAGGUCAUGACCUUGCCAACUAUUGCUGAACUUGGGGUGCCUAUGGUGGAGUUUUUAAGGAUCAGGGUCGUAGAAGAUGGACUGCUAACUACGGUGCUUAAGGGGUCAUCUCAAACAUUGAGAAAACUGCGAUUACAGUCCUGUAGGAAGUUAGGUGUUCAGGUGCUGCCUCAAGAAGAAGACCUAAGUGCCAAUCACAUUGUUUUAGAAAUUCGACAGAGAAUUCCAGAGACGAAAACCUACGCUGCCGGACAGGAAGUGGUGUGGAAUGUAUCCCAGGGGGCCACAGCACACAGCCUUAAGCAGACAAUAGCUGACCUGCUCCUUAUUCCUGUGGAGCACAUUUUAGUGGCGAAACAUUUUCCUAAGAAGCAUGAAUGGCUCAUCAUCAAGGAAAAUCAGAAGAAAUCUCCUGGGAAAGGAGGGAGGAAAAAGACUCCACAAAAAUCUAACUUAAGGCAGCCCCCUUAUUACAUCCAAGAUGGGGAUGUUUUAGGGGUGAAGAAUUUACAAUUUGACCCACUCCAACCUGAAAAUUUUUGUACCGAGGAAGAUGAACGAGGACAAGAGGAGUUACAGAGAAUUGCUGAGGACAAAAAGAAAGAAAGAGAAGAAAAGAAGAACCGAAAAACGGGGGACUUUGAUUUUAGCGAAAAGAAAAAACGUCCAGAGGCCACACUAAGUAUAAAAGUGGAUGACUUUACAUGACAGUGACUGUUCUUAGAUUUUUUUUUCUGUUGAUGGUUACUUGUACGACUGUUAUUGGAUUGAUGUUAUGUAUGAUUUUAAUGUUGAAAGCAAAAAUAUUGCUGCCAGUUAGUGAAUCCAAGGUCUUUCAUUUCAAAUGAUACAUGUAUCUGAAGUCAGUAUCGAAAAUGUGAUUAAAAUUCAGAUUUUGAAAAUA